CACCCAUCAUGCAUUUCGGCUUUCGCGCAAGCGCAGAUGGGUUUAUUUAGAAUACAGACAAGCGGAAGCUCCACUGAAACUGACCGAACGGGAUAGUUUUUGGUGUGAUGGAGAGGUGAUGUUCCAGUCGGAGGAGUGAUUUGGCCCGAGAAGUCAUGACUGAGUGCUUCCUGCCCCCCAGCAGCAGCCCUGUAGAGCAGCGCCGGGCAGAGCACCCCGGGGGCGUGGCUCGCACCCCCAGCUCUGAGGAGAUCAGUCCCACCAAGUUCCCCGGGCUGUACCGCACGGGAGAACCAUCGCCGCCUCACGAUGGACAUCACCACGAGGCACCCGACGCCUACGUCUCAGACGACGACAAAGAGCACAGCAAGAAGAAGAACAAGUUCAAGAAGAAGGAGAAAAGAACGGAGGGCUACGCCGCCUUCCAGGAGGACAGUUCAGCAGACGAAGCAGAGAGCCCGUCCAAGAUGAAGCGCUCCAAGGGAAUCCAUGUGUUCAAGAAGCCCAGCUUCUCCAAGAAGAAGGAGAAGGAAUUCAAGGUGAAGGAGAAAGAGAAGGAGAAGGAAAAGGAGAAGGAGAAGGAGAAGGAGAAGGAAAAGGGUCCCAAGGAGGACAAAGCCAAAGAUAAGAAAUCAAAGGAUCUGACUGCAGCCGACGUGGUUAAACAAUGGAAGGAGAAGAAGAAGAAGAAGAAACCCACAACAGAGGCAGAGCCUGUCCCAGUGGAGGUCCCCACCUUCAGGCCCAUCUUCGGAGCACCUCUGACUGAAGCCGUGAAGCGGACCGCUCUGUACGACGGCAUCCAGCUGCCAGCCGUCUUCAGAGAGUGUGUAGACUACAUCGAAAGCUAUGGCAUGAAGUGUGAAGGCAUCUACCGAGUUUCAGGUAUGAAGUCCAAGGUGGAUGAGUUGAAAGCAGCGUACGACCGGGAGGAGUGCCCCUGCCUGGAGGAGUACGACCCACACACGGUGGCCAGCCUCCUGAAGCAGUACCUGCGCGAGCUGCCGGAGAACAUAUUGGGUCGGGAUCUGGUGCAGCGCUUCGAGGAUGCCUGCGGUCGGCAGGUGGAGGCAGAGAAGAUGACGGAGUUCCAGAGGCUGCUGGCCGAAGUGACGCCGGAGAGCCGACUGCUUCUCUCCUGGCUCGUCACGCACAUGGACCACGUCAUCACCCGGGAGCUGGAGACCAAGAUGAAUAUUCAGAACAUCUCCAUUGUUCUCAACCCAACCAUACAGAUCGGGAACCGUGUUCUCUACAUGUUCUUCACACACGUCAGGGAGCUGUUUGGAGACGUGGUCCUGAAGCCGGUGGUGCGGCCGCUCCGCUGGUCUAACAUGGCCACCAUGCCGGCGCUGCCCGAGACCCAGGAGAGCGUCAAAGAGGAAAUCCGAAGACAGGAGUUCCUGCUGAACUGCCUGCACAGGGACCUGCAGGCGGGGGUGAAGGACUUGUCUAAAGAGGAGCGGCUCUGGGAGGUGCAGAGAAUCCUGACUGCUCUGAAACGCAAACUGAGGGAGGCCAAGCGCCAGGACUGUGAGACUAAGAUAGCCCAGGAGAUAGCAAGCCUCUCAAAGGAAGAUGUUUCAAAAGAGGAAAUGACCGAGAACGAAGAGGAAGUCAUCAACCUCCUCUUAGCACAGGAAAACGAGAUCCUGACAGAGCAGGAGGAGCUGAUCUCUCUGGAGCAGGUGCUGCGAAGACAGAUUGCCACCGAGAAGGAGGAAAUCGAGAGACUGCGGGCAGAGAUUGCAGACAUACAGAGUCGGCAGCAGGGGCGCAGUGAGACAGAGGAGUAUUCGUCGGACAGUGAAAGCGAGAGUGAAGAUGAGGAAGAGCUGCAGAUGAUUCUGGAGGACCUGCAGAAGCAAAACGAGGAACUGGAGAACAAAAACACUCACCUGAACCAGGCCAUCCACGAGGAGCAGGAAGCCAUCUUGGAGCUCCGCGUACAGCUCCGCCUCAUGCAGAGCCACAAACUGCAGCAGGAGCUGACCGUCCAGCCGCCAGUUGAGCAAGCCCCGCCCCCGCAGCCGAGCCCGGAGCCCCGCGCAGAGGAGCAAACCAAGCGCUCCAUCGUUGCUGUGGUUGCCGGCGUAGAAGUCGCUGCAUCGGCCAAUGGCAAAGCAGCUAAAGAUCCUUCAAAACCCUCACCAAACAAAGACAGGAGGGACACCAACAUGUGAGACGUGUUCGGUGCUGCUGUACGUCUCUACCGCUGGUCAGUUGUCCUGUAGUGUCACUGGAGAUCUCACUUUGCUGGAUCCAUGAGUUCAUCAGUAAUAGUGUCCACCAAGUGGCGGGUAUGUCUAAAGCGUCCCGACUCUUUAAGCAGAAAUCACACAACUUGUUUUCCCAUUUUUUCCACGCAAAUAAAAAAUGAUAAUAAUACAAAUAAAAUAUAGCUGUAGUGGACAACUGGCUACUAUUGCGAAAGACUAGGUGGAGCAAAUCAAAUCCACAGUGCCAAGCCUGUAUGAAGAAAGGAGAAAUGAAGGGAUUCAUAAAGAAAGGUAGGGGAGGGAAGAAAGUAACAACAGUCAGGCGCCUUGUCAGUAUCAGACAUAACGUUUAUUCUUUUCCUGGUUCUCAUGAAAUAAACACAGACCAGACCAUAUUCCCUGUAUCUCACUAUGUCCCUCACCUUAAUGCAAAUAAGACAUUAGGAUAGAGACCACUGUGCCAUAACCGAAGAUGCCAGAGAACCACUAAUACAAAAAGCUUUUUGAAUAAUGAAGAAUUUAUGAUUGGUCUGUCUAUAUAUUAUAUAUUUAAGUAGUAUUCUGAAGAAUACGGUUGACUAUUCGGGAAAUGCAUUGAUUUUAAGUUACAGCUUUUUUGGUAAUAUAUGAAUAUGUAAAGAUAUAUCGUAGGUGCUUUCUUUUCUUUGAACGGCAGAUGCACAUAAGCACAGUGGCGUUGUACCUCGCAACUGACCAGUGGAUGAAAACUAUUAACGGCAAACAAAUGCGCAACUAAAAGAAUAUUCAUCACUGGAAAAAAUGUAGACAAACAGCUGGAGGCCGCUUUGUUACAGUCACACGCUGUUGUGCAAUCAUCUUCUCUGCUCUCUCUUGCACAAACAAGGAAACGUGGAAAAGGAUUUUUUCCAAUUUAAUGAUGAAACAACAAAUCUGUAGUGAUGAUUAUUGUCGCCAAAAUGUGUGCAGAGACACAGAGGCUUGUUUAGUUUCGUUGUGUAUUUCUUCAUGUUUUGUUUUUUAACUUCAUGUGUGGAGAUAUUGUUCAUGGCAUCAGUUGGAAAUGAGUCAAACAAACCCUCAAGAUCACAAGUCAAUCAUUUCAUUUCACAACUGAUCCAUGACUCGCUAAGCACUGUCAUUGUUCAGUGAUAUUUAAAGCAAAGGCAUGACCUGACUAACUUACCGUUUGUGUAUAUCAUUGUAAGAUUGCAAACAUACUGUAUUUUCAGCUCUUGUGUUUUGUCAUUUGUUAUUUUUCUUAUUAAUGAGCUGUAUGGAGUAUGCUAGUGUGAAUGCCCCUGCUUUGGUUGCGGGUAAAUCAAGCAAUCUCAUCUGGACUCAUGGUUCAACGUGUUAUUAAUCCUGUGACUGAAGCAAAUACAUACUAGUUUGGGCUCAGAAGCUUCUCAUGAGGUUAUUUUCAUAUUGUUCCAAGCUUUUUGUAGCUUAUUGUUGCAGACAAAAUAAUGCUGUGAAGAAUAAAAUGUCAAUCCAAUAAAUG